AUGUCGAUAUUAUAUAGAGAUAUUUUAUAUCCGAUAUUUGAAGAAUUACAACAUGACAAAAAGACUCUCGCUUCAUGCCUUAGAGUUAAUAAAACUUGGUGUGAAAUAGCUGUUCAAAUUUUGUGGAGAAAUCCUUGGGAACACUUAGAUUAUGUACAUGAUGAGAAAAAAUUAUUAUUAAACGUAAUUAUUUCACAUUUAUCGGAUGAAAAAAGAACUAACUUAAAUCAACAGUUUAGUUUUAUUACAAAUUCACAUAGGAGACCUUUAUUUAAUUAUAUUAGUUUUUGUAGACAAUUAAAUUUAGAAAUAAUCGAAUAUACGAUUCAUUCCCAUAUCAAAAAUGAAGAAAUCAGAAAUGAUAUACUCAAACUUUUUAUUAAUAAAAAUGCAAAAUAUACACACCUUUAUAUUCCUAGUUACAAUGACUAUCAUCUUAUUCCUGGAGCUGAACAUUGUUUUUCAGAAAUUAAAUUCCUUAAAUGUGAUGGUAGAGUAAAUGAUAAUAAUUUAGCUUUAUUAACAAAAGUGUGUAAAUCAAUUAAAGAAUUACAAAUUUAUAUUCACAAGUCUGUUAACAAUUAUGGAAUUUCAAAGUUAAUUGAAAACCAAGUAAGUUUAUUUAGUAUUAGACUUGUCUGUCGGUAUUCUUCCGAUGCUUCCGAUGAUAGCAUGUUUUGUAAAACUCUUGAAAAUUCAUUGAUCAAACAUGCAAAUACUAUACAAUAUUUUUAUAUAUGCGGAAAACUUGAAACACAAAUUCUUUCAUCUUUUGUAAAUUUAAAAACAUUGAUAUUAAACGGUGGUUGGUUCGAUGAUUACAGUUAUUUAGAAAACGCAUCUUUACCUUCCCUACAAAUUUUAGAUGCUAACAAUAUUAAUACUAAGAGUUUGACAAAUUUAAUUAAAAAUUCUGGUGAGAAACUUACUAAAUUAAGGAUUUAUAAUAAUAAUAGUGGAUUUCUUGAGGUGAUUAAUAAUAAUAUAAUUAUUCGAACCCUUUAUCAACAUUGUCCAAACCUUAUAAGUCUUAAAUUAUUCUAUAAAGAAGUUAAUGUUUUAGAAUUAGAGAAAUUAUUGAUUAAAUGUCAAUAUUUAAAUAGUUUAGAAUUAUUUUUUAAUUGGAAUUUUCCGCAAGUUAAUUUUAUAAAUUGGGAUAGAUUUUUCAACAUUUUGGUUACAUCAUCACCACCUAGUUUAUUCAAAUUUACGUUUCAUUAUCCUUUUUAUAAACCUAAAUUAGAAUCCUUAAAAUUAUUUUUUAAUAAUUGGAAAGGUAGACAUCCUAUGUCAUUAAUCAUUUUUACAGAAAGUAAUCUUGCUCAUGAAGAAAAAUUAAAUAAUUUAAUAAGUAAAUAUAAAGCAAAAGGAGUAAUUAAAAGGUUUGAUAAUAAUUUUUAUAAUAAUGAUGAUUCAAUAGAAAGUAAAGAAAAAUCAAAAAGGGUAGUUGAAGAUCUUAAGACUAAAGCAGUUUGUAUUUUUGAUGGAUUUAAAAAGAUAUUUAAUUAA